AUGGCAUCAGGCAACAGGGGAUGGGACAAGGAAGACGACCUGCCAGCCUACCUAGCUCGCCCGGGCACGGCGGACCAGGUGCCCCGGGUGAAGUACGGGGGCAUGUUCUGCAAUGUGGAGGGCGCCUAUGACAGUAAGACUAUAGACUUUGACUCGCUCAGUGUGGGGCAGAGAGGGGGCAGAAAAAGCAGCGCAAAUGCCCAGGCUCCGGAGAAGACAACGGGCAGCAAAGAAGCGGAGAACCACGGGGUGGAGAUCAAGACGUCUGCGGGGAAGGAGCUGCUGCAGAACCUCAGCGAGGACAAGAGUGAUCGUCUUCUGAUCAAAGGAGGUCGGAUAGUGAAUGAUGACCAGUCUUUCUAUGCAGACAUCUACAUGGAAGAUGGCCUUAUCAAGCAGAUUGGAGAUAACCUGAUUGUGCCAGGAGGUGUAAAAACCAUUGAAGCAAAUGGAAAGAUGGUGAUACCUGGAGGGAUUGAUGUACACACCCACUUACAGAUGCCCUACAGAGGAAUGACAACAGUAGAUGAUUUCUUCCAAGGGACCAAAGGUGCUAUCGCAGGAGGAACCACCAUGAUACUUGACCACGUCAUCCCAGAACCAGAAUCCAGUGUCACUGAAGCUUUUGAGAAGUGGAGAGAGUGGGCUGAUGGAAAGGCAUGCUGCGACUAUUCCCUGCAUGUAGAUAUCACCCACUGGAGCGACAGCGUGAGACAAGAAGUGGAAACCCUUGUGAAGCAAAAAGGUGUUAACUCUUUCAUGGUUUACAUGGCCUAUAAGGAUUUGUAUCAGAUGUCCAACACUGAGCUUUAUGAGAUCUUUAGUUUCCUUGGAUCCCUGGGAGCAAUAGCUCAGGUUCACGCUGAGAAUGGAGACAUCAUUGCCCAGGAGCAACAAAGAAUGUUAGAAAUGGGAAUUACUGGACCAGAAGGACAUGUUUUGAGUCGGCCAGAAGAGCUGGAAGCAGAAGCUGUUUUUCGUGCCAUAACCAUUGCCAGCCAAACAAACUGUCCACUAUAUGUGACCAAAGUGAUGAGCAAAAGCUCAGUAGACCUCAUUUCCCAGGCCAGGAAAAAAGGUAAUGUUGUUUUUGGGGAACCAAUAACGGCCAGUCUGGGCACUGAUGGUACACACUACUGGAGCAAGAACUGGGCUAAAGCUGCAGCUUUUGUGACUUCACCACCAUUGAGUCCUGACCCCACUACCCCUGACUACAUCAACUCCCUUUUGGCCAGUGGUGAUUUGCAAGUGACUGGCAGUGCUCAUACCACAUUCAGCACAGCACAGAAGGCCAUUGGGAAGGACAACUUUACCCUUAUUCCUGAAGGAACAAAUGGCAUCGAAGAAAGGAUGUCUAUCAUCUGGGACAAGGCAGUGGCUUCAGGCAAAAUGGAUGAAAACCAGUUUGUUUCUGUAACCAGUACCAAUGCUGCCAAGAUCUUCAACCUGUAUCCCAGAAAAGGAAGAAUAGCUGUGGGCUCAGACAGUGACUUGGUCAUCUGGGAUCCAGAUGCAGUGAAAAUUGUUUCUGCAAAAAAUCAUCAUUCAGCUGCAGAAUAUAAUAUCUUUGAAGGCCUGGAGCUACGAGGAGCCCCCCUGGUAGUUAUUUGCCAAGGCAAGAUCAUGAUGGAGGAUGGUACUUUACAUGUGACCCAGGGAACAGGACGUUUUAUCUCUUGUAGUCCAUUUUCUGACUAUGUGUACAAGCGAAUCAAAGCCAGGGCUAAGAUUGCAGAUUUACAUGCUGUGCCCCGGGGUAUGUAUGAUGGACCAGUCUUUGAUUUAUCAUCAACUCCUAAAGCUGGCACUCCGGCAGGCUCUGCUAAGGGGUCUCCAACCAGGCAGACUGCACCAGUCCGAAACUUGCACCACUCUGCAUUUAGUCUAGCUGGACACCCGUCAGAUGAGAGCGGCGUACGUUCUGCUAGCAGGAGAAUUGUAAAUCCCCCUGGUGGACGCUCCAAUAUAACAUCUCUCAGUUAAACAACCAAGAGCCAUUAGAGUGGGAAACAACCAAAUGGUACAAUUGGUAUUUAAGAGAGAAGAAGCUCCUAUAAAUUAAAAUUAAAGUGACGUUCAAGCUGAAGAAUUCUUAACCUUCAGGCCUUAUGUUUUACAAUUGCUUUUUGCUACCUAGCUUUAAAAGUGUCGCUGUUUUAUUUCUUCAUAAUUGCAUAGCCUUAAUUUUCAACCAGUGCAUGCAGUUCAGUGGGGUGCAGUUUUCCGAGGGUGUCUGGAAAGGGUCCAUUCUCCUGUGGUUAUUUUAUGAUUUUUUAUGAGGCAUUGAACACAGAUAUCUGUUGGUUAAAUUCAUUAGUUGUGGAAAAUUCCGGAUCUUCUGUUAACAAGCUUUUCUGUUUUUGUACAAGAAUUGCAAUAAAAUGGAGAUCCCACCUAA